AUGUCAACCUCUACAAAGUUUGAUUGUUUCGUAGGCGGAGAUCUAACCACGGAAGCGAAGAAAAUCACCAUUUCCUUCACAUACAGAGACCUGGAACCGCUGCCCAGCCUCCUCGCGUCGGGGAUCGCCUCCCGCAAGGCAGCUGGCGAUACCUACCACGAAUUCCUGUACCACAUCCUCUCCGCCCUCCUCCACCAGGGAUAUGGCGAACAGGCCGAGUGCUCGCAGAGCAUCGCAGAUGCAGAGGUCGCUCUGAGGGCAUUCCGAGACUACGUGGCAAUCCGUAAGGAAAGCAACGCCACCAGGGAUAUUGUGUUUCUGGAGAGCCAGGUGUUUGGCGAGUUGCUCGUGGUGUUCGAGGACAUCCGAGAGUUUGUGGGCGGCCCGGUCUCCUCCUUUAACAGCGGCGCGAGGAGCUACACCAGCAGGUUGUUCAGCGUGUUGGAGAAGCCGCGGGAGGAUGCGAUGGAUUUGGACGACGUGGCUUGGGGCGGCAUGGCGGGGUCCACUUGGGCGAAGGCGGAUGUGGUCCUGGCGAAGCAUGCGGAGAUCUACUCUACCAAAAGGUUGUUCGACUCGGCGGGCCUGCCACCGGUGUUGGAGAAUAGUUCAGUGGUUAUUCCGAUGUAUGAGGGCAUCGUAGCUCCGCGACCUCGCAGACAGCUGCCGGAUAACUUCUUGGAAAACAGUUCUGUGGCUAUUCCGACGUAUAGGGGCAUUGUACCUCCGCGGCCUCGCAAACAGCUGUCGGAUAACUUUUGGGAAGCUCUCGUCCCCUGGCGCAAGGAAGGGCUUGAAAGGGGCUCAACACUCUUAGCUGUAGCGUUCGAGCUCGGCAUCUAUGAGUUCAACGACCAUUGCUGA